UGCUUCAGUCAAAUGAGACAUUCUGUAAUCAGUAGCUAGUAGUAGUGACAAAAACAAUAUAGUCAAACGAAAUAACAGAGCGGAGUGUGUGGUGAUUGACUUUGUCGCAUUGCAAUUUCACGGAAAAUUACUAUUAAUUUUGAUGUUUAAAGAUUGCAGUGUUGUAUCAGAUAUUGAAAUAAUCUCGCUCAUGAUUUCAGCCUUACAUUGCAUACUCAAAUUAUGUGUUAUAGACAUUUUAUCAGUAAGUAUACUGCAAGUCAACUGCUUAGAAGAUGGAAACAAAUAUUUUUUGGAUAGUUUUUCUGACAACUAUAUACAGCAUUAGCCAUGGAAUUAAUUGUAAUGCCACAAACCACUCAAGCCCUCAAGAGGAUGUGAAGUUCAGACCUACUAGCCUCACACGGGAUCAUGAUUCCCUGCUGGUAUUGUCCACCCUGGAUGGCUCUUUGGUGGGAGUUGACCAGCGCACAGGUCAAAUGCGCUGGAAGCUGGCAAAUGAUCCAGUAGUUAGAGUACCCUUGGAUCCAAAGAAUUCUGUAGAGCCGGUGUUCCUGCCUGACCCCAAGGACGGAUCCCUCUAUCUCUUGGCAGGAGGUGGAGCACCCCCUGGACACACUUCCUCUCUCAAGAAACUACCCUUCACCAUCCAGCAACUGGUUGCAUCAUCACCUUGCAGGAGUAGUGAUGGCAUGUUCUACACUGGGAAAAAAGUAGACUCAUGGUUUUUGGUCAACUGGAAGACUGGUAAAAAGAAUGAAAUCUUGAGUUUUGACCAGCUGGAGAAAACAUGUCCUGUUGCAGCUUUGGAUACUAUGUUCAUUGGAAGAACUGAAUACAACAUUAUUAUGUAUGACAGCACACGUAAGAACCGGCAGUGGAAUGUUACUUUCUUUGAUUAUUCUACACAAAGCAUGACCUCUGAAGACAUCACCAACUAUGGCUUUGUCCACUUUGGGGGCAGUUCCUCUGGCCGGGUCUCAACAUAUGAGAGGGCUAGUGGCCGCCUCCUCUGGGACCAAGACUUUGGCUCCCCGCUGGUUGGCAUGUUCAUAAGAGCCAACCAGGAUAUGGCUUCUGUCCCCUUUACCUCUGUAGAGGAUGACACUCUAGAUCGACUGGCGCUUGGGAGUGACAAGGAUCAGCUCUACCCAACACUGUACGUUGGGGAGCAUACUUAUGGAUUGUAUGCACUACCAACCUUAGUAGGUCAGAGAGUUCCAGGCUUACUAACCACACAGCCAGCCCCGGUUCUGCUCAUCGAGGGGCCAAACGCUACUGAAGUGGGCAAUGCUUUCCUGCUAGGUCAUUACCCUGUGCCUGACUACAGCUCAACUAGACUACAGAUUGCUGGUCGGUCAGACGUCAUCAUACCACCAGGACUGAGGGCCUUUAACGGCUCUAAAGUGCGGGGUGCCAGUGCCAGUGGUAUGCCAAUUACUGACACCCAGCCGGAUGGCACUGGGUUUCAAGUGCAGACCGUCGUUGGAUGGCUAGCUGCAGUUGAACAUAAGCCGCUAUACUUCUUUAUCCUCCUUCUGAUACUCAGUGUUGCAGCUCUUUUUUUCUAUGUGCGAGCACAGGUGCAAGCCCUGCAGCAGUCCCAGCAGAGUUCUCGUGGGAGUUCUCGAGACUCUGGAAGUGGUACAGUGACAGCAGUGGCUGAAACAUUACCAGACGGCAAGGUCAGAGUCGGAAAAAUCGUCUUUGAUACAGCUUCUGUGUUGGGGAAGGGAUGUGAGGGCACUUUUGUCUUCAGAGGACAGUUUGAGGAGAGAGCAGUAGCAGUGAAGAGGUUGCUUCCAGAGUGUUUCACUGUAGCGGAUCGUGAAGUGAGUCUACUGCGUGAGUCAGAUGCUCACGCCAAUGUUGUUCGUUACUUCUGCACCGAGCAAGACUCACAGUUCCGUUAUAUUGCUCUGGAACUGUGUGCUGCUACACUGCAGGACUAUGUAGAGAAGAGGGCAUACAACAUCGAACUUGCUGAGAAAGAGAUUUUAUCCCAGGCUACUGCAGGGCUGUUGCAUCUUCACUCUCUCAAUAUUGUACAUAGAGACAUCAAGCCUCACAAUGUGCUGCUGUCUAUGCCUGGGAGUGGGGGUGAGGUGAGAGCCAUGAUUUCUGAUUUUGGGUUGUGCAAGAAGCUUCAGAGUGGACGUGCUUCAUUCUCUCGGCGCUCCGGCAUUACUGGUACAGAUGGCUGGAUCGCACCGGAGAUCAUUCUUGGACACAGCCGCACCACUUGUCAUGUGGAUAUUUUCUCCCUGGGCUGUGUUUUCUAUUAUGUCCUCAGUCAUGGAAGACACCCUUUCGGCGACACUCUACAUCGCCAGGCCAACAUUCUCUCCAAUGACUAUAAGUUGGCAGGCCUGAGUGUACUCUGGUGUGGCCUGAUAGAGAAGAUGCUCAGUCCAGAUCCUCGAGGAAGGCCACCAGCUGAAGUCAUACUUCACCACCCAGCAUUGUGGGAUAGCCAUCGGGUCCUCACGUUCUUGCAGGAUGUUAGUGACCGAGUGGAGAAGGAAGACAUGAAUGGACAAGUACUAGAGACACUGGAGUGUGGAGCUGUACAAGUUUGCGUAGACGGUGAUUGGCGUGCUGUCAUUGAUGAAGAGGUGAAGGCUGACCUGCGCAAGUACCGCAGUUAUCGUGGGGACAGUGUGCGAGAUCUCCUCCGAGCCUUAAGGAAUAAGAGACAUCACUUCAGGGAGCUUUCCCCAGAGGCUCAGAAGUUGCUGGGGAUACCAGCAGACAGCUUCACGCACUACUGGACCAGCAGGUUUCCUCUCCUUCUCCCUCACAGCUGGGUAGCCAUGCAAUGUGUGCGUCUCGAGCCAUUGUUCCUCUCCUACUAUCAUGGAAAUUACACUUUUCCGUCUCCUGUGGAAGGUGGUAUUCUGCCCCCUUGGUGGUCUGAGCGGCAGGAGCUUGAGGAGAAGAAAACUAGAUCCGGUCAAGGUCAGGAUCGUCGUGGAAGCGAUUUGUCUGAAAUAUAUGACAACUCUGCUCGGAAUUCACCACGGAAUUUCAAGAAGGGCACAAACUCACCAAGGAACAUGAGGAAAUUAGAUACAGCAGAGGAGGUACAACAGAAAGAGGAAGAGAGAGAGAACUGGCUGAGGAGUGGGCAGGAGAAAGGGGUUUACAGGCCGAAGAUCAGAAGAAGGGCAAAGAAGAAAGAAGAGGAACAAUUUAUUUGGUCAGUUCCUCCUUGAGAUGUCAAAAAACAAUCAGUUUAUUGGAGAUUCACCAAAUUUCACUAAUUUAUCUGUGAGUGAAAAAUGUGUUCAAACAGCAAUUCAGUUAAUAUUCUUUAAUGUCUUUAAGAUUCGGUGCAGGUUAUUUCUGUCUGUUGCAAGAUCUUUCCAAAAGCUAAAUAUAUAUUGCAAUCUUAUACAGAGACAAUAUACAUUCCAAAAUCAAACUAAACUUUGUAAUUAUAUUAAAUUUUUUAUGGGUAUGUACAGAAGAAGAACCUGAUGUCAUCAUCUCCAUUAAUGAACUGAUAUGAUACUUUUCUGUGAGUAUUACUUUUGCACAUUUUUAGGAAAUUUUUUGACACCAAACUAUCCAAUUUUAAUGUCACAUUGACAUUAGUGUGUUCAGUGCUGCUAUACAGUAUAUGUAUUAUUGUUGUACAUUAUGUAAAUAAUUUGCAUUUUAUUAAGAGAAUUUUAAGCUCAAAGCUUAAAAAUAGGCUGUUUAUUUAAGUUGUUUUACAUACAUUAAUUUUUUUGUGGAAAUGUUUUAAAAAUGAUCUAGACUUUUGAAUGUUUUGACCAUAGCAUGUAUAACUUUUGUUCCUGGACUAUGUAACUAACUUUAACACAUUUUCUUUCCAAAAUUAAAUUGUUCACCAACCAUGUCAUGUGUUAUGCACAGAAUUAUGGUUAGUGAACAAACAUAAGAUUGUUAUAAACAUAAGAAAAAUAAUGAAAAUUUGGCCUAAUCAUUGCCCAUGUACUUAAAUAUGAAUACAGGCAUUAAAGGAUAAGGUUGUUUUUUACUUUUUGUAAUGAAAAUUGUAUAACUAUAUGUAUUGAAUGUUAGGUGUAUGAUGUCUGAAAACCAUUUACUAUUUUCCUGUAUGACAUUUUCUAGAAUGGCCUCAACUCUACGGUUAAGAGUAUGUUAGCGAAGUUGUUUAUUUUCUGACAGGGUUUCAAAAUAAGACUAAAACUCUACUUUCUUACUAGUAAAUAUUCCGUUUUGUAAAUUAGGGACCAUGAAUCAUUAGACAAAAUGUAUAUAGUGUAAGUAAUGUUUGAGGGUUUAUUUUGUAUGUAUUGCAUUUGUUACCAUAUUGUUAGAUUAUAUUAUUAUAUGGCUACAAGUUAAACAGACUAUUAGAUGUUAUCCUAUAAAAUGGAUGUUUUCUGUCUGGUUUAUUUAUAUGAGGAUUCACAGAGACCAUCAACCCAUCAACUACCACUACACUGUUAACCCUUUGGACCCAAAGUAAAAUUAUACUGUCACCAAAGAUUUUGCAAGAAAACCUACAUUGUCACCUAGGUAUUUGUGAAUUACGUAUAAAUAUUUAAGGAUUUUUUAAAUGAAUAUCUUCAAGGGCAAAUAUAUGAAUAAGUUCCUUUACCACUACAAUGGCAAAAGAACUAAAGAUUAGGCUGAAGUUAUGAAAUUACUGUGACCGACUUGAGGUGUCUCAGAUAUGUUCAAGUGUGCUCUCCAGAUAGACAUUGGUGGUCAUUUGUAGUAACAGAAUCAUUGAACAUAUCUACAUUCACAUCAGCUAGAUCCAGGAGCUGGGCGCUUGCCUGGUAAUGUAAAUACUUGAUGUUCAGAAGUCACUGCUGGUCUGAUCAUUCUUGCUGUUUUCAUUGUGAAAAGACUAUUGGUAAUAGAAUGAAAAGACAUGAAUCUGCUCAAAUGUUGCCACAAUUAUUUUAUGAAAUAUAUUGGUAAGGAAGAGAACGUCAAGGAUUACUUAUAUAGACUACUCGUGAUCCAUUCCCCAAGCAACACGUGAUUCAACAUCAGCCGUCAGAAGCAAUGUUUUUCAAUAUACACAUGGAAAUUUAGAUUAAAAAUUGUUGAAUAAGACUUUAGCAAGAAAACCAUAUUUUAUGUCUCAUACAGAAAUGAUAUGAUUAUAAUAUAAACCAGUUUUGUAAAUAUUUCAGUGAUAAAUCGGUAACUGAUCUAUAAAUCCAGUGAUACUUUGUGUUUGUCUUGAAGGCUUUCAUGUAGUUUGGAUUAUUCUCUUAUAACUUUUCAACUUAUUUCCAAAAUCAGUCCUUCAAAUAUGCUGUGUAGGACUUUUCACCAAAGGCAUAUGGUAAUCCUCACAUAGCUGUGGUUAAGAACCACAUCUACUCUCGAUUCUACCACUGGCUGUGGUAGUCUACUGGUGUUUUGCAUAAAAAUAAAAACUGCAAAGCCUUCACCACUUUACUGUGCAAUGUCGUGACAAUUUUAUAUUUGUCUCAUAUUUAGUGCCAGUUGAAAGUUAGAAUGUAGAACUGUUAUAAAAGUUAUGUUUAUCCGUUUUUAUAAAGUUUUAUUCUAAUUUUACUGAUUUUUGAACAGUGCAUGAAAUAUAGGAUACCAUCCUAAUGAAUUUUAUAGGCAAUAUACAUUGUGAGAUCCUUUGGAUUUAUAUUAAUAGGAUUUUUUUUAAAUUUUGGUAGGGUGUCAAAAUAUUUUUUUUUAACGAAGCACCAUUAUUCACAAAUAUGUAUAAGUAUAUCAAUCCCUAUCCAUUUAAUCUUGGAGUUAAGCUUGCACUGCACCUAGGCCUAUUUUACCAAUCAAGAGACUAACAAAAACACACACACACACACACACAGACACGAUACUUAUAUAAAUUAUUAUUAAUUUAUUUGUAUAGUUAUCUCUAAAAUGGAUGUGCAUAUUGAGAGAAAAUGUGGAACAAAAUAAUAAAUGGUUUUUGCACAGUUAUUCCCUUCUUUUUUAAUACAAAAAUAAAAUGGUUUUAGUAAUUCAAAACAUAGUAUGCCUUUUGUUACUUGCACACAAAUACUUAAUAGUAAGGGCUAUACUAGACACUUGGCUUAGGCACCAAUUAGCCAAGUUUUCUCUAAAAUGAACUGUAAAAUGCUUCUUGCACUGGUAAUGGUGAUUCUUAGAAGCAUCUAGACUCAAAUUUUUACCCACAUUCAAUAUUUUAUUAUGGAGUCCAUUGGGUUAACAUAGAUUUUACCCUCCCAACGACUUUUGAUCCUUGUAUGAAUUCAGCAAACUGUAAAAAUCCAAGUACCAGGAGUGGAGAUCGAGCCAGUUGUCAAGUUACUUAGCUAUCUGACUCAGUGUCCUUUGUGAUAGUCUAAAUGACUGGGCAGAAUCUGUACUGGGCAAAUUACCCAUCAAUUUGACAGUACAUCUGUAUUGCAGAUUUCGCUAAUUAAUAUUAAUAAAAUUCACUAUUUUUCAGACAUUUGAUUAAAAGCUUACAUUAACUUGUAGCCAGACUUAAUUGUUAUGAGAGCUUGACAAACUUUACAUUCUGUUGUAUUUUAAUGUUGUUUUUAUUGUAACACAUAACUGUUUUAAGUGUAUCCACGCACAAUAUUUCUGUAGGAGGUGUUGGUUUUGAGUUGUUUAAGUUCAUUGGGGACUUUGGUUUUGUGUCAGAUCCGUAAGUGAGAGCUUAGAGGAAAAUGUAAGAACUAGAUAUUAUUCAAAGUGCAUUACAAUAAUAGAAAUAUAAUUCUGUUUUUUAGAAUUUGUAGCUUUUUAUAGUUAUUUUUACAAUUUUUAUAACACUUGUCAUAUUGUUCCUUUGAUUUAUAAAGAUAUCAAUUGUAUAAGUCACCUAAAGGUUACAGAAUUAACAGUUAAAAUCAAUUUGUAAAUUUAUUGUUUUAAAUUUUGACUAGCAUAUAGUAUGUAAUCGUUAUUUGUUAAAAUUAUAUAGAAAUAUAUUUGUUAUUUUUGUAUGUGAAUUAGCUACAAUGCGUGGCAAAUAAAAAACAAAUAGUAAAAUGCAUUUUAUUUUUUAUACAUGUUUGUAAAGCAAACAGUUACAUAUAUAAUGCUCAAUUUUCACUUUAUAUGCCUGUUAUUUUAAAUCAAAACUGUAAAUGUGAAAGUUUUACAUUAAAGAGAUUCAAUAUCUAAA